AUGCGUGCCGGCUUCAUGAGGAGGAGUCCAGGCGAGGUGGGUGGAGAUGCUGCCCGAAAGCUAGCCCAAAUGGGCACCGGACGCGUUAAUCUUCCACCGCAGCGAGGUUUCGUUCGGCUUAGCCCUGCGAGGACCGGUCGAGGCGGCCGCAGAAGGUGGGCGCGCGCCGCGUCCCUUCGUCAGUCGCGUUUCGGUGUCCGUCCAUUUACGUGUGUGAGAAGUGCGGUGCUCCCGCGGGGGCGAUGUGGCCGACUUUGCAUCAUGCUGGCAGUACGCCACGCCAAGUACCUGGGCUCGUUUCCGGCGGCGGGCGAGGAGGAGGAGGCGUCUCGUGUCGACUCGCUCACCAGGAGGCUGCAUCUCAUGAAGGAGAGCGGGUGCGCGGUGCCUGUCCUGGUCGUGGUCGCUCUCUCCGGGGUGAAGGUGUGCGACCCGGACGACAAGAGCGUCCGCAUGUGGCACGCACUGCGGCGCAUCUCGUACGCGCGCUGUGAGGCUGCGCGGGCGCUGUUCGCGUUCGUCGCGCGCGAGCCGAGGGCGCAUCGAAUCGACGAGGCCCAUUACUGCCACGCCUUCGAGACUGACUCGCCACACCAGGCGGAGGAGUUGAACGCGUUGGUGGGCGAUGCGUUCCGCAUGGCGUUCGCGUCGCAGCUGCAGCCCUCCGCUCCACUUUGGAGUAAGGAGAUAAGCGGCAGCCCGUGCGCUCGCGCACCCGACUCGCUCACCGGCCUCGCCCACUAUCCUCAUCGGCAAGUUGCCGACAGAUCUCCGCAAAGAUGCAAGUCGGACGGGUCCGGCAGCGAGGGCAGCGAGGCGAGCCCCAGCUCGUCCGAGGAGUGGAACUCGCCGGGCGAGCUGAGCUGCUACCGCCGGCUCGGAGAGAGACUCGAGAGGCCGCCGCUCAUGAAGCGGCUCGCGCUCGGGCUCAGCGGGACUCUCCUGCAGCCCUCGGACGACGACGCCACGCCUCUAGUCACAGACACGCCCACCACGCCGACGAACGCAUCGGCGUGUCUCGGCGGUGGCGGGUACAUCAACGAAGCGACGGAAGCGGCGAGAGAGCGACGGCCCCCCCCGCCGCUGCGCGAGAGGGGCUUCCGAGACUGCGCUGGUCUCCCUGACGGACGGGCCGCGAGCAGUGCCGCGGCUUCGUCCUCGUCCGGCGAGUCGUCGUGCGGAGCGUCGAGAGCCUCGCGCGAUUCGGGAAACAACAACUUGCGGCCGCUCGAGCCGGAGCUGAAGAGCGCACCCUGGUUCCAGCAGGGCAUCCCGCGGGAGAUCGCCCUGGAGGUGUUGGCGGCGCAGCAGCCGGGCGCUUUCCUGGUGCGCGCCAGCACCACGCAGACCGAGUGCCUCGCCCUCUCGCUGAGGGUGCCGCGGGACUUCGCCCACAAUGGCAUCGCGCACUACCUCAUCCUUAGGACGUCCAAAGGAUACAAGAUUAAGGGGUUCACGAAGGAGUUCAGCUCGCUUUGCGCGCUGGUGACCCACCACAGCGUGAUGCCCGAGUUGCUGCCGGUGCCGCUGCGGCUGCCCCGCGCGCCCCUCCGCCCCCGCACCGAUCUGGAGGCCCUCGACUCCCUCGCCGCCUCCGCGUUGCCCGCCCACGUCUCGUAG